UAGUUACCAAUCAACACAUUCGUUGUGUCGCUUGUUGGUCGAACCUCGACACUAGAGUCUAGCAAUAUGUCAGCUCGCGGUGCUAAAAAGAAGAAGGCAACGUCGAAAUCGGCUAAAGCCGGGGUUUUAUUCCCUGUGGCUAGGAUGAGAAGAUACCUGAAAAACAUGACACACCAUUAUCGUAUUGGGUCCGGGGCACCUGUGUACAUGGCGGCCGUCAUAGAGUAUCUCACCGCUGAAAUAUUGGAGCUUGCUGGUAACGCAGCUCGAGACAACAAGAAGAGUCGAGUCACACCUAGGCAUAUUUUACUGGCAGUGGCCAAUGAUGAAGAACUCAAUCAGUUACUAAAACAUGUGACAAUUGCCAAUGGCGGUGUGCUUCCUCGAAUACAACCAGAACUUCUCAUGAGGAAAAAAGGCUCUAAAUUCCAGAUGAAUUCUGAACCUCCUAAACUAUCUAUACAAACCAAUGCAACUAAAUCCAAAAGUCCAUCAAAACAGAAUGACACUCCAAGUUCAUCGAAAAAAGCAAAAGUCAAGGUCGCACCGAAAGUUGUGAGAGCACCUCUUAAACCAGCAGCUAAGCCAGGAAAGUCAGGAAAAAUAGCUAAGGUCAAGCCUGCAUUGAAGGGUAUCACAGGAUCUGCUGAAGCUGUGGCUGCGACAGCUGCUGGGAACUUCACAAUACUGUCAGAGAAAAAGCUGUUUCUGGGACAGAAGAUGACGGUGAUACAAGGGGACCUUGUUAAAAUCAUGGCUGAUGCCAUUGUACAUCCAACCAGUUCUGCCUUCUACAUGGGGGGUGAAGUAGGGUCUGCUAUUGAGAAAGCUGGUGGGAAGGAGUUCCGCAAAGAAGUUGAUGAACUAUAUAAAUCCAAUGGUGCUUUGGACACAGCAGGAGCUGCCAUAUGUCCGGGACAUCAGUUUCCUGCCAAGUUUGUAGUCCACUGUAAUGGACCUCAGUGGAGUUCCAGUAAUCCACAUCAGUUGUUAGAGAAAACCGUCAAGAAUUGCCUUACCUUGGCAGACGAAAAGAACCUUAAAAGUAUUGCAUUUCCCUCUAUUGGGAGUGGACGUGCGGGGUUUCCCAAACAAACGGCAGCACAGAUUAUCCUGAAGGCCAUCAGUAACUACUUUGUCACCGUCAUGAGCAGCUCUCUGAAGCAAGUGUACUUUGUACUGUAUGACAUGGAGAGCAUCGGUGUGUAUACCAGCGAACUGGCUAAAUUAGACUCCUAGAUGUUUCCUACAAUAACGGCCAUAGAGGAGACUCAUCAACACUCAGCAGGAAGGAAACUUGUUUGUUUUUCUCUCUAACUGUCCUGUAGCCUUCCAAAGCUUUGUGUCGUAAAUUUAGUUAGAAAUUAUUUAACUUGAUGGCUAUUCAGAUAACAGUGACUGUUUUGAGAGUCUUUUUUUUUUUCAAAUUUGAUUAAUAAGGUCAAAUAUUACUGAAGUAUGUCAGGGGUACAUGAGUAAAGUAAGCAAUAGAUGAACACUAACCUUGAAAAACAAUGUUGUAGCUGGUGGGUCAUUUUAGCUUGGUUUCAUAUAUCAUUUAAAAAAGAAUAUUACAUCAAUACAUCAUGAAAGGAAUAUGUAUUUAUAAUUGUAUUUUAAUGUGCUUAAGAAAAAAACAUUUAAGGAAACAAUCAUUAACAGUGAUGGUCAUUGACUUACUGAUAUCAGUAUUUGGAAUUAUAUAUAAACUUUAUUUAUUUGACAACAAUUAUGAAACAGUUUAUUUCAACUUUUAUUAAUCACUCUUGU